AUGGAGUGGCAGCAAACCGCCGAAUUCGUUGUGGAACGUUUCUGCCGUUGUGGGAAAAAUGUGGUGACGAGAACAUCAUGGAGCGACGCCAAUCCUGGAAGAAGAUAUAUUUCAUGUGAAAAAUUUAAGGAGAAGGGAGGUUGCACUUAUUUUGUAUGGAUUGAGAGACCACUUUGUCCUAGGGCUUGCCAAAUCAUUCCCGGGCUGUUGAGACGAGCAAAUAAGUUUGAAGCUGAAGCUGAGAUGCUCCAAGCAGAUGUUAAUAAUCUUGAAGUGGAACAAAAACAAAUGUUGGCAAAAGUUGAGAAACUUGAAGCAACUAUAAAGAGCAAGAGAUUUAGGGAGCGAUUGUGUUGCAAUGUAGUAGUUAUGAGAUUUGUUAAAAUUGACCAUGUUUCCUUUGCAGUUGUGAACAAUAUUUUUAUUGUAAUGUGA